CCGAGAGAGAGAGAAAGAGAGAGAGAGAGAGAGAGAGAGAGAGAGAGAGAGAGAGAGAGAGAGAGAGAAGACAGGAGAGGAGAGAGGAGGAGAGAGAAGAGGAAGAGAGAGAAGAGAGAGAAAUAGAACGAGAGCCCAGAGCAGAUCAAGGUGUAGGAAACCAAAGGGGAGAGAACCCGAGUGUGCGCGUGUGUGUGUGUGAGUGUGUGUGAGUGUGUGUGCGUGUGUGAGUGUGUGAGUGUGUGAGUGUGUGAGAGAGUGUGUGUGUGCGUGUGUGUGUAUGUGUGUGUGUGUGCGUGUGCGUGUGUGAGCGCGAGCGAGCGAGUGAGGGAGAGGAGCGAGAGAGUGCGAGCGAGAAAGAAUAAAAGGAAAGAUUUUUCUCUAUGUAUAUAAAGAUGGCCACGUUAGCAAACGGACAGGCUGACAACGCGAGCCUCAGUACCAACGGGCUAGGCAGCAGCCCGGGCAGCGCCGGGCAUAUGAACGGAUUAAGCCACAGCCCGGGGAACCCGUCGACCAUUCCCAUGAAGGACCACGAUGCCAUCAAGCUGUUCAUUGGGCAGAUCCCCCGAAACCUGGAUGAGAAGGACCUCAAGCCCCUCUUCGAAGAGUUCGGCAAGAUCUACGAGCUUACGGUUCUGAAGGACAGGUUCACAGGCAUGCACAAAGGCUGCGCUUUCCUCACCUACUGCGAGCGUGAGUCAGCGCUGAAGGCCCAGAGUGCGCUGCACGAGCAGAAGACCCUGCCCGGGAUGAACCGGCCGAUCCAGGUGAAGCCUGCGGACAGCGAGAGCCGAGGAGGUAGUAGCUGCCUGCGCCAGCCCCCUUCACAAGAUAGAAAACUCUUCGUGGGUAUGCUCAACAAGCAACAAUCUGAGGACGACGUGCGCCGCCUCUUCGAGGCCUUCGGGAACAUCGAGGAGUGCACUAUCCUGCGCGGGCCGGACGGCAACAGCAAGGGGUGCGCCUUUGUGAAGUACUCCUCCCAUGCCGAGGCACAAGCCGCCAUCAACGCUCUACAUGGCAGCCAGACCAUGCCUGGAGCCUCCUCCAGCCUGGUGGUCAAGUUUGCAGACACUGACAAGGAGCGCACAAUGCGACGGAUGCAGCAGAUGGCUGGCCAGAUGGGCAUGUUCAACCCCAUGGCCAUCCCCUUCGGAGCCUAUGGCGCCUACGCUCAGGCACUGAUGCAGCAGCAAGCAGCCCUCAUGGCAUCGGUCGCUCAAGGAGGCUACCUGAAUCCCAUGGCUGCCUUCGCUGCCGCCCAGAUGCAGCAGAUGGCAGCCCUCAACAUGAAUGGCCUAGCAGCCGCACCUAUGACCCCAACUUCAGGUGGCAGCACCCCUCCAGGCAUCACUGCACCAGCUGUGCCUAGCAUCCCGUCCCCCAUUGGGGUGAACGGCUUCACCGGCCUCCCCCCACAGGCCAAUGGGCAGCCUGCUGCGGAAGCUGUGUUUGCCAAUGGCAUUCACCCUUACCCAGCACAGAGCCCCACCGCAGCAGACCCCCUGCAGCAGGCCUACGCCGGAGUGCAGCAGUAUGCAGGACCUGCUGCCUACCCUGCUGCCUAUGGUCAGAUAAGCCAGGCCUUUCCUCAGCCACCGCCAAUGAUUCCCCAGCAACAGAGAGAAGGGCCCGAGGGCUGUAACCUGCUCAUCUACCAUCUGCCCCAGGAGUUUGGGGACGCUGAGCUGAUGCAGAUGUUCCUCCCUUUCGGUAAUGUCAUCUCCUCGAAAGUGUUUGUGGAUCGGGCGACUAACCAAAGUAAAUGCUUUGGCCGGCACCCCGUGCCCUCCCGCUGCCAGGCCCCCUCCUGUCAGGGAGGACAGUGUGCAAUAAGCUCCUCCGCCCGCAGGCUUCGUGAGCUUCGACAACCCGGCCAGCGCCCAGACCGCCAUCCAGGCCAUGAACGGCUUCCAGAUAGGCAUGAAGAGGCUCAAGGUGCAGCUGAAGCGGCCCAAAGACGCCAAUCGCCCGUACUGAGCGCCGGCGGGAGCGUCCCCCGGGGGAGACCAGGACUCGCACAGGGCAGGAUGCUGAACGGGCUACAUUAAAAACAAACCUCUUUCUCUCUCUAUUUAUAAAUGAGAACUGUUGGACGACACCUUUGACAUAUCAGCCAAUACCAAUCAAGCUGAAGACUCCAGACACUCCGUGUGACUGUAACAUUUCUUCAAGGAAAGUAUAGCGUCUAUGGAGUGCAGAGGGCACGUGUUUGGGGAAAAAUAUACAUGACAUAAAGAUGCCGACGAAGAAGAAAAAUGAUGUAAAGCAAGCAAGCAAGCAAGCAAACAAACAAAAAAAACCGCGACUUUAAAACGAAAUACCGUGAGCCCAGUUGGGGAAGCUGAGGGGCUGGGCACUAGGAGGAGAUGCUGCUGCCAACCGAUCCUGGGGCUUUUCCAGCCCGUAGGCGCCUGAGGCAGGCAGGGGCAAGUGUACAAUGGGGCCUCGUCCCCAGCAGGCGGCUGGGAGGCCGCCACUGAGCAUCUCUAUUUGUCAUUCCUUUAGCUAUUUAGGGACCAAAGGACCAAACUUUUUAUCGCAGAUGUGUAGCUCUGUCAAUUAGGGGUGGAAUGGAGACCAACCUCCUUCCUGCCUCCUGGCUGUUCUUGAAACAGCUUAGAGCGAUUCUAUGAAAAUGUAAUAAAAAAAGUAAAUAAAAAAAAAAAUAAAAAAAGAACAAAAAAAA